AUGUUUGUCUCUACUGCUGCUCUUCUUGGCCUUGUCGGCGCCGCUGCUGCCUCUCCCCUCAACAUCGUCCCCAACUACCCUCCCGUCAAGCAGUCCACUGGCUUCCGCCUCGUCGUCAACGUCACCGACAAGGCUCUCGACUUCUCGCCCUCCGUCCAGGGCCUUUAUGUCAACAGCAUCCACGUCGGUGCUGGGCUGAACGAGGUUGGCAUUGGCUCUAAGAGCGACAACCACGGCAUCUUCUACCAGAACGGCACUGCUGCCGAAGGCCGCUUCAACGGCGUCACCACCAUCACCGACCAGGGCACUCCCCUCUCUCCCUACGGCAUCUCUCUGACUCUGGAUCCCGACUCCAAGACUCUCUCUUCCGCCUAUGCCAACGGCGGCCUUGGCACCAAGGGCGUUCAGAUCUCCCAGUUCCCCGAGGGCUUCCGCUACCUCGGACCUGAGACCUAUGUCAUCUGCAACGUGCCCCUUGCCUACUACCAGGGCACCAAGUUCAACGUCGUGAAGCAGGCCGCCACCACCAUCAGCUCUACCGGUCAGGUCGAGCGCAACAUCCCCGAGGGCUGUGUUCCCAUCCGCCUGCUCCCCGAGUGCGCCACCCUCGAGGACCUCCCUGCCGGCUCCUACUCCAGCCACGAGUUUGCCAUCAACUCUGACUGCUACGCCGACGUCGCUUCCAUCAACUGGAGCCUCUACGGACCUUAG